AUGGCAGACUCGGACGCAGAAUCUCCUCUAACGUAUGCCCAAACCGUCACUGGAAUAGCUGAAUUCAUUGAAGUUGCCAUCCAUACCAUCUUGUAUGUACGGCAGGUCUACCCCCCAGACCUCUUUAUCCGCCGCAAAAAAUUCGACACGCCGGUAUUCCAGUCCCGACAUCCCGCACUCAACGAAUAUAUCUCUGGCGCGGUCAAAGCACUCGAAGACGAGCUCCUCCUCGGCAUCGUUGAUAAAGUCGUUGUCGUCAUCAAAAACAAAGAACAGGUCGCACUAGAACGGUUCAUAUUCUCUGUGCAACAGAUGAUACAAGUGGAACCGUACGACAAGGAGUCCAAAGUAGAGAACGCUAUUUCGCCGAAGUCGCUUGGGCAGUACUUCCGCUCGUUUCUCAUCAAGCUUAGCAUGAUUGAAUCCCAGCUCGGACAGCUAGAUCCGGACGACGACGUAUCGUUCGCUAUAUUACUUGAACUCAAAGACGAUAAAGCGCCAUCGGCCUCACAGAAAUCCGACCCACCGCCGUGGAUUCCUGCGGAAGCUCAGCACACGACGUCUGGUGCCUCAGAUGAGGCAGAGUUGCAUCUUAUUAGGGCUGUAAAUACUGGGAUCAUCAAUUUGUCACUUGCUGUCCAGGAAUCCGAAGAAAAGCUAAACCCGGCUCGCGAUGCAAAAGACCCCAAAGAAAAAGGGCCGGCGAAGUGA